AUGCAGGCUCCUCACCUGUCAGCCGCGCCGGCUCCAGCGCUCGCGUCUCGCCCUCGCGUCCCCCGCCCUCGUUCCUCGCCGGCCGGGGACGGCGGCGGCCCGGUCACCAUGAUACAUUUCAUAUUGCUCUUCAGUCGACAAGGGAAAUUACGGCUGCAGAAAUGGUAUACUACUCUCCCUGACAAGGAAAGGAAAAAGAUCACGCGCGAAAUUGUUCAGAUUAUUCUCUCCCGUGGUCAGAGAACAAGCAGUUUCGUUGACUGGAAGGAGCUAAAACUUGUUUAUAAAAGGUAUGCUAGUUUAUAUUUUUGCUGUGCAGUAGAAAAUCAGGACAAUGAGCUCUUGACCCUAGAGAUUGUGCAUCGUUAUGUGGAGUUGCUGGACAAAUACUUUGGAAAUGUCUGUGAGCUAGACAUUAUCUUUAAUUUUGAAAAGGCUUAUUUUAUCCUGGAUGAAUUUAUCAUCGGUGGAGAAAUUCAGGAAACAUCCAAAAAAUCUGCCGUCAAAGCCAUCGAGGAUUCUGAUAUGUUACAGGAGACAAUGGAAGAAUACAUGAACAAGCCUACCUUUUAA